AUGGGAAUCCAACACUCUCGACUUUUGGCAGCAACUAACAUUCAAAACUACCACCGACUGGGAAGAAAGAAAGAAGAGGAGAAAGAAGAGGAGAAAGCUCCUAAUGAAGAAUCUUGUGAUGAAUCUCCAGAGCCAAACCCCCAUCCUCAGAAGAAGACAAAAAACAAGAGGGUCUCUUCCCAAAGAUCCCUUGUUAAGUCAGCUAAAAAAGAUUCUUCAAGUACUCCAACUGCCAAACUUCAGUCGAAGGAUACAGAGAGUGGGAAAUCUAGUUUUAAUACUGAGAUUCCUGAGAAACAAUUAGAUGUCGAAGGAAAACCUAUAGAUAAAAACAAACCAAAACCUGAUAGUGGUUCUGCUCUCAAAACUGUCAGCUCGACGUCCACUUCUCCGAAGGAUUCGACAAAAGGAUCAACAAUGGAGAUGGCGCAGACAAAAAUUAAUCCUGAACCUGAGAAAACUCUGGAAGAGACAGUCCACGAAGAAGAAAUCCCCAAAAAUGAUCAUGACAGGCAGACUGUAGCAGAAUUCGACGCUACAAUGAGUGAAGCUUCUGAAGACGAUUCUCCUCCUCAUCCAGGAUUAAAUGCUGCAAAUAAGGGCGAUGACACUGACAUGGAAACUGGGGUCGAAGAUGACCAUGAAGAAGAAACUGCUAAAGAUGAGGAUGACCAGUCGAAACAACCGGAUGCUGGGCAAACUUUAGGGCGAAGCACUCAACCCGCUCCUGACCAGACCAAAGGAAGUUCCGUAUCAACUGGUUCGACUGGUUUCUCUCGCGAAGAGCUUGAGAGUCUCAAGGUGCAGAGACCUUUAGAAUAUCUGAAGGCCAUGCUUAGCGCUCGUCACAAUUUCCAAGAUUCUUCGCAAAGCAGUUCGACUACCUCUGGGGCCACUUCUGAAGCGCAAUCUCUUGACAACAUUUUGACCAAGAUUAAGACGAAAAUCCUUGAUGUUGAUUUGUUCAAAGUUUUAGAAGAAAACGCCCUUGCUCAUAUUGAACUCAAGAAGAUUUUGAAAUAA